CUGAGGAGCGAGCUGCCUCUCUGUCACCUUCCCGGCAUGCUUCUUGGAAAGGAUCAUUGGGUCUUACAUAAUCAAAGGGCUUGAAUUAAAAGAAACAGCUGUUUGUUCAAACAUUUCAUCAACUAUUAACUGAGUACCUCCUCUACUGCACUCCAGACCCUCGGAAGCACGCCCACUGCCACGUUCUUUGGUAUCCUAGCAACCAAAAACUCUCAUCUGAGCUCUGGCCAAGACAGAGGCCAUUUUCCCCCUGACUGCCGUGACUUACAGCCUCUCCGGAUCUCUGAGCAUUUGUUUGUGCAGCUCGUGGUCCACUGAAGGCCACCACUCGUCCCCAUGGAUGCCCCAAACCCCAGCCCGGCUGACCUUCCUGAGAACAUGAGCUUCUCGCUCUCGUUCUCUGAGCUGGUCAACAUUGCCAUCCCGCAGUAUGGUGUGGUGAACUUCAAGGCCCUGCACCUGGUGCUCCAUGGCAUCCUGGAGCACAUCAACAUGACUGAGCUCAAGAAGGUCCUCUCAGGGGAUGAGGAAUUCCUCCAGACCUCACAGAACAUGUUAAUGCCCCGGGAAGGAGAUGGUCAGCCCACCGUCCAGCCCCUGAAGAGGCUGAGCAAUGUCUUCGACCACGUGGUGAGCCGUAUCGAGAGGAUGGAGAGCCAGCUGAGCAUGCUGCAUGAAAUGCCUUCCACCUCCAUGCUGCUGGAGGGCAGCCAAGGGACCAACCGGCCUGCCCAGGAACUGUGGCAGCUGAUAAAGCUCCGGAAGAAGGUGGAGGGCAAUGAAGAAGCCUUAGAAAAGGCUAUGAAGACCAUGCAGGAUUUGCUCACCGACAUUAAUUCACUCAAGGCUGACACUGAAACCCUCAGGAAGGAUGUGGACAUGCUGAAGGACAUGUGGAAUAAGAUACACCUGGACCGCAUAAACACUUUCUUUGAUGACAUGAAAGCGCAGAACCGGAAGAUAAAUGUGCUGCAGCGGGAUGUGACUGCUCUCGAGAACAAGAUUAGCACCAUCCCCAAAGUUGACGACUUGGUACUCUGGAGUAGCCUCCACGAUGCCUUGUUCACCCCGGGAACUGUUCAACAGGAAGAUGUUUCAGAAGAGCUAGAAGAUUCUGAAAUGUGGAAAGUUGCAGAGAAGCUCCCAGAGCCUGAACUUCCCCAGACCACCAUGUUCCUCGAAAGUUCUGGUCCCAGCCAGGUCUCAGAGGCCUUCCAACUCCCCAGGCCCUUGGAGACCGUUUGGCAUUACCCGGUCCCUGGGCAAGUACAGGAGGAGUCUGCCCAUGGAGUUCCUCUCACAGGGGCCCAGGGGUUGGGCCAGUCUCAGGUGCUUGAGCCUGGGCCAGCACCCAAACCUGGGCCAGAGCCUGAGCCCAUGCCUGGCCUUGAGCCCAUACAACAGCCCAGUCUGGCACCUGCGUUCAUACUACCACCUUGGCCUAGGUUCAGGCCGAAGACUAUGGCCAGACCUGGGCCUGCAUAUGGACCUGGGCUUGCAUUUGCACUUAGACCUGCCCCAGGACCUGGGUUUGUUCCUAGAACUGGGCCUGCCCCUGGACCUGGGCCUAUAUAUGGACCUGGACCUGGGUAUGGACCUGGGCCUGCCCCUGGACCUGGGCCUGCCCCUGGACCUGGGCCUAUAUAUGAACCUGGACCUGGGUAUGGACCUGGGUAUGGACCUGAGACUCCAUAUGGACCUGGGCCUAUAUAUGGACCUGGACCUGGGUAUGGACCUGGGCCUGCCCCCGGACCAGGGCCUGCCCCUGAACCCAUGCCCCCUGGGCCUGCCCCUGGACCUGGGCCUAUAUAUGAACCUGGACCUGGGUAUAGACCUGGGUAUGGACCUGAGACUCCAUAUGGACCUGGGCCUAUGUAUGGACCCGGGCCUAUGUAUGGACCUGGGCCUGCCCCUGAACCCAUGCCCCCUGGGCCUGGGCCUGAGUUUGGACCUGGACCUGGUCCUGCCUCCGGGCCUGGGCUUGCCCCAGGCCUUUGGCCCACACCACCAAGAUUCUGGCCUAUGCUAUCAAGAGGUGGGCUUCCUCCCAGAGGCUUGUCUGACAGUAGCAGUUGGCCUUUCUGGGGCUUAGGUCAUUUUCAGCCUGGCCCAGGCCAAUUGGACUCCCAGGGUUUCAGGGCCCCACCACCAGCCAUAGAGCCUGGCUCAGCCUGGCCUCAGACACCGGAGUCACAGGAAGAGAUGCACCAGCUCCCAUCUGUCUCAGAAGGUAUGGAAGAAGAUUACUUACAGUACAAGACAGACACUCAGGAUGGAGCAGCCCCUGCUGCUCAAACCUCUGAAGAAGAACCCCGUAAGAGUGCCCGGACCGCCCUUCGUCGGAUGAAAACUACUGCUGCCAUUGCAGCUGCUGCUGCCGCCGCCUAUGCGGCUGCCGCGAGCUCAGCAACCCGGGCAGCUGAGUCCUCAGUCCGGGCAGCUGAGUCCUCAGCCCUGGUCGUCAAGGAUGCCCCCGCCACUAAACUGGCCUCUGUAGCAACAAGCGUGGCUGCAUCUGGACCCUUAGGGAUCUUUGCAGAUGUUAUGGGCGCUGGGUCUUCCCGUGGGGCCAUACCCUCCGUGUCAAUCACUGAUGCGUCGGAGAUGGGCUAUGAAGAGUUCGUCGCUUCUACGUAUGCUACUCACUUCAUCGCUCCUGACACUGAGCUGUCCCAGGCCACGCUGGUUGCCAAACAGGCAAUAACUCCUGAAGACAAGAAGAAGGCCGUCAAGUAUUCCAUGAGCCACAUAGCCCAGAUACCCGUUAAACACGACUCCCUGAAAGAAGAGUUUGACCAGCUGUCAUCCCACAUGAAACAUCACAUAGCUCAUCUAGCUCAUAGGGGAAGCUCUGCCAGGUUUGGGAUGACACUGGACAUACUGCAAGAAAAGAUUGGCAACCUCCAGAAAUCCAGGUUACAGGAGGAGGAACUCGAGAAAGUUUGGGGCCACCAAAUAGCGGCGAUGAAGGAUCACUACAUCGUUCUGGACAGGGCAGUGGAAAAGAUCUAUAAUCGCCUGGAGGAGUUUAAGAUUCUAGAGUCUCAAAUAAAAAACCUAGACAUGAUCAAGGCGGACAAAAGUGCGAUGGAGCAGGAGUUAAAAGAGAAAGCUGACAAGAGCAUCCUGGCUGCCAAGGCAAGCCGGGUUGAUCUGGAGAGGGUGGAAACGGAGCUGAACGAGAUGAUUCAGGGCAUACUGUUGAGGGUCAUGUCCCAAGAGGAUGACUGGAAGAAGACUGUGGAGCAGCUCAGCAAGGACAUGGGCAGCAAGCUGAACAACACGGAUUUGGACAGUCUAAAGAAAGACAUAAAUGAGGUCUGGCAUAUAGUCAAGAAGCUGCUAAUUGAAGGCCUCCGAUUCGACCCUGACAGUGCCGCCGGCUUUAGGAAGAAACUGUUUGAGCGGGUGAAAUGCAUUUCCUGUGACCGGCCGGUGGAGAUGAUGACUGGCCCACAUCUCAUCACCAUCCGCAAAGCCCACCUGCUGUCCAGGCUUCGGCCAUCUAGUGCCAACAGCUACGAGUACCUGCAGCGGCAACAGAUGAGGGAGCAGCAGCAGCUCCAGAACCUUGGAGACCAGGACUGGCACGACGGCCCUGGGAAUGAUGCAAACCUCAAGCUCAAGUCAUAUAACUUGACAACACUCUAUCCCUAUGGGGACCCUGAUAUUUUGGACUAUGAUACCGCCGAGGUGGACAUCCUGGGAGUGGAUGGGAUCCUGUACAAGGGCCGAAUGGAGAACCAGGAAGGCACACAGCCACUGACCAGCGUGGAGAAGGAGCUGGCUGCUGUAAAGGUUCCACGUCCCCCGACUCGAAACCUAUAUGAGCGCUUUGGUGUCAUCUGCCCCCCCCUGCGCUCCAGUGCCAACAUCCGCUCAGAGACUUCAGGCCCCCGUUCAACGACACCAGCUCACACUCCAUCUCUACCACCCUUGCCAUUGCUGCCUCCGCUGAUGCCACACCUGCAGGAGCCCCAGCAGGCCUCAGGGUCCAUCAGGCAUCCAAGGCCUCAGCGCCUCUAUUCCCGAGUCAGCACGCAGACGACCUAGUAGCCCGACCACCCGACUGUGUCCACAUGGGGCCAAGCUCUUCCUGACCCAGGUCUAUGCCGCCUGGACAGACACUGGUGCUGAAGCCCCAGCCUCCAUCUCCACCCCACCCCACCCCCCAUAUCACAGAUGAGUAUUUUUGGCAACUCCUCCCCAGAAUAAAAUCUUUCACCUUUCA